ACGAAUGGAAGGGGAGUGACGUCAUUCGAGUAAUGGUCGCCAUUUGGUGAAUACGUCAAAACACUUGCUAAUGUAAUUUACUUCCUUCUCGGGCGUAUCUUGCAAGUUUUCUAGGUGCUGUCGUCUUCAAUAAGUCAGAGGGCGAAGAAGAGGUUUUCAAGAUGAUACGAAUAAAAGACGACAGGCGAGAAGAUUGGAUAUGUUUCUUCUGCUGCCAUGUGCGGACAGCAACUAUUUCCAUCGGAAUUUGGCAGCUGAUGCUGCAGGUUCUCUCCCUUGUCACAAUGGCUGUGAUGGUCAGCCACCCUGAAUUGGUCGACAAUAGCAAAUCCAUAACUGUUGCGCCUGCCGAUGACGAUUCUCUUGAGACUCCUCUGCCUACGCCACUCUCAAGGACACCACCCUACUCUCGAGACCCCAACAUGAACACUCAAAUCAAUCUGAUUGCCGUCGCUAGCACCAUUGCCUUGAUUUAUGGUGCCGCCAAAGGUCGUCCGUUUUACCUUCUGCCUUACUUCUGCUUGAAAGUUUUUGAUUUCUGUCUGGCUGUGGUGAUUGCAAUUAGCUACUUGUGCGCACUUCCCUCACUGACCGCACUCGCAAGACAAGCUGAGGAACAGGGCAACGAACUGGUCAAGAAACAACUUCACAACAUGAACCCCUCUGCUCUUGGAUUUGUCACCAUUCUGGCUCUGGUUGCUGCACUCUACAUUAAGCUUUAUCUGUUGAGUGUGAUUUGGCGUUGCUACCGCUACCUGACGUUACGUCGCAUGUCAGGCCGCGCCACUGUCAGUGUGCUUGGAGCUGCUGGACUUGCCGAACUGGGACCUGACUACGACCUGCACCCUGCUGCUGCUGCAGCCGUUGCAGCUUCAGUUGCUUCAACUUCUAAUGGUGGAAAUGCCAAUAUGGCUGCUGCAGCCAAUGUGGCUCUCCUUAAUCCUCCAGAGUACUCCAAAAUUGUAAAGGAACCGCCUCCGAUGAUGCCCCCAAGGCCGGAAACACCUCCUCCGCCCUACAGUUCCACUCUCAAUCUCAACCAGGCUGCCACUGCUGCCCCUGCUCCAACUCCCGCUACCCCUGCUGCCCAGCAGUAGAGGAUUUUGUGGUUGUCAGAAAAUUUCCUCUCUGAAGUUUUACUAUGAUUUUUAAAUGAUUGUUGUCGGUUGAUUGAUUGCUAUUCCUGGAAUCUGCAUUUUCGGUCGGCGUGGGAUAAAUGCCAUCCGAUCUUGCAACGUUUUUAGUAAUUUUUAAAGUUUGUGAUAAUUUUUAUUUAAGUUGGCUCUGCGAUAAUUUCACUUGAAAUGUAUAUUGUGUUGAUUUUAUAAGAUAUAUGUAUUAUUAUACCAUGUCAGAGCUGAGCUUCGAUAACAGAAGAGUCAUUGAUGUCUAAGGUUUCUGCGUGAAAAAUUUCUAAUGUUGCUUAUAAUAUGAAUAGAAAACAAAAUUAAUGUCAUGUAUCUACUAAAAACCUUACAAGUAUGGAAAUUAUUAUAUAGAUAUUUUAUUUCACUCAAGAUGACUUACAUAAAUGUUGUUCAAAAGAUGACAAAAUAUUUGCAGAUAAUUAAAGAUGUGUAUUUAAAUUUAAAUUAUCUACUAUAAAAAAGGAAACCAUAUUUUUGGUCAGGUCAAACCUUGCAAAAAACAAAAUUAGUGUUUGCAUGACUGGUGUGUGAGACUGCAGCGCAAAAGGCUAAUCUAAGCAUCUACUUUUAAAAGAAAAAAGUGAGGCAGAAUAUUAAAUUAUUGUCUACAUUGGAUUAUGAUUCAACUAAUAAAAUUCAUUCGGUG